ACGGAAAGGAGAGCCCAUCUACGGUCGCUUUCGCCCUUCCUCCCGGUCGGGCUAAGAGAACCCCGUUCCCAUCUCCCCCAACUCCAAAGACCACAAAAAAGAAAGGCGGUGAAGCAGGGAAAAAAAUAAAAUAAAAUAUCGCCAGCCACCAACCCCUUCCCCUUCUCCUUCCCAAUUCCUUUCUCCAAUCCUCCCCUCUCCUGCCCCUUCCCUAAUCUCACCAUCUCUUCUCCUCUCUCCAUGUAUCUAUCUCUCUCUAUAUAUAGAUAUAUCCAAAUCAUCUCCAGCCCAACAUCUAGAUUCUGGACCCCACCCUCCCUCCAUUAAUCAAAACCGCCCUCUCUUUCAUUGCUAGUGCUUGCUUGCUUUCGAAGUUCAACUACGAACAAACUUUCUGUUCUCUUUGUUUAUAUAAUAUAUAAAAGCCCCAGCCAAUUCCGUAAUAGCAAAUCUAAGGUCACUUGGUUCUCGUCCUUGUGUUUUUUUUAUUUAUUAUUUCUGAAAUCCAUAGCCUCGGAUACCGGUUCUGGGAUGAAAGAUAUCAGUUCGAGUUUCCAGCAGCAGAAUCAGAGCCAGCUGCAGCGGCAGAAGAGGGAAUGCGUUUCCGAUGAGGUCGACAGCAAGAGUAGCGGGGAGUCCAAGAGACAGAAAAUGGAGGAGAACAGGGAGAAGGCUCUGGUGGUCGCCGCCGCCGCCGCCGGCGGAGAUGGGGCGAGUAUCGAGGUGGUGAAGCGGCCGCGGGGCCGGCCGCCGGGGUCCAAGAACAAGCCGAAGCCGCCGGUGGUCAUCACCCGGGAGGCGGAGUCGUCGGCGGCGAUGCGGCCGCACGUGCUCGAGAUCCCCAGCGGCCACGACGUGGUGGACUCGCUUGCCCGGUUCGCCCGGCGCCGGAACCUCGGGAUCUGCGUCCUCGCGGGCACGGGCGCGGUCGCCAACGUCGCCCUCCGCCAGCCCUCCCUCCCCGUGCCGCCGCCGCACGGGGCGGUGCUGCCGGUUGGGGCGACCAUCGGGUUCCAUGGCCGGCUUGAGAUCCUGUCCAUCUCCGCUACAUUCCUCCCCCCGGCGAUGGCGGCGCUGUCCCCGGCGUCCGCCGCCGCGAGUGUGUCCAUCUCGCUGGCGGGGCCGCAGGGGCAGAUCGUCGGGGGGACGGUGGCGGGGCCGCUCGUGGCGGCGGGAACCGUGGUGGUAGUGGCGGCGGCGUUUUCCAACCCGACCUUCCAUCGGCUGCCGGUUGAGGACGACGUUUCGGUCUCGGUCUCCGUCACCGGCGGAGGCGGCGGCGGCGGAAGCGGCGAAGUGGAGGAGCACGAGCGGCACGUGCAUCAAGAGCACCCCCUCCAGCGGCGCCCCCACGCUCCCCCGGCGGCGUCCCACGCCAUGGUUCCGGCCGCGGAGUCGUGCGGGAUGUCCCUCUACAGCUCCCACCUCCCUUCGGAGGUCAUCUGGGCUCCCACCGCCCGCCCACCGCCUCCACCGCCUUACUAAUUCCACCAGCUCUCUCUCUAUCUCUCUCAUCUUUUUUUUUUAAUGUAAUAUUUUCUUUUCUUUCUUUCUAAAUUUUAAACUCUUUGAGAUAAGAUCGUAGUGUAAUGGUCUUUUAGCUUGUUGUUUGGGUAUGUUGUAGUUACACUGUAGGCAUUGUGUUACGACUUGAAACAAAGACUUCAGCUUUACAUCCUCUAA